UCGCUGUACGUAUGGCGGAAGGUGACAGGCCAGCGCGCCAAAUUGAUAUUGGAUAUUGCCAACAAAGGGAAAGGCAAUAUGAUUUGUUGAACUUCUGAAUAGUUAACCACACAACUCAACUGUAAAAAGUCGUAGACGCUUAAGAGGAAAUAUUACCGGAUUACUUUACUCGGUCAACGUUGUUAGAAUGGGUUUGCUCGAGCGCUGCCAGGAGCUCUUCAAGACCUCAAACCUUUACGAGGUGCUCGGCAUCAACAAAGAGGCAACCGAGACCGAGAUCCGGAGGAGCUACUACAAAGUGUCGCUGAAAGUCCACCCGGACCGGGCUCCUGAAGACCCGCUGGCCACGGAGAAAUUCCAGGUGUUGGGAAAGCUGUAUGCGGUGCUUGGCGAUAAGGAGCAGAGAGCUGUUUAUAAUGAGCAGGGGGUGGUGGAUGAAGAGUCUGACGCCCUGAGUCAAGACCGCUGCUGGGAAGACUACUGGAGGCUGCUCUUCCCCAAGAUUACAUUGCAGGACAUCCUUGAAUUUGAGACUACAUAUAAGGGCUCUGAUGAGGAGCGUCAGGAUGUGAUCCAGCUGUAUGUGCAGCACCAGGGAAAUAUGGAUGCCAUCAUAGACUCGGCCAUGUGCUGCUCCCAGGAUGAUGAGCCCAGGCUCUGCAGCAUCAUCCAGGCUGCCAUCCAGAGCGGAGAAGUCACAGCGUUUCCAGCGUUUACGCAGGAGAGUGAAAAGAAGAAGAAGGCUCGUAGAAAGAGGGCUAAUAAAGAGCGAGAAGAAGCAGAAGAAAUGCAGAAAGAGAUGGGGCUCGGUGAUGAGGAUGACAGUCUUGUGAUGAUGCUUAAGCAAAAACAGAAGUCGAGAGAGCAGAAUUUCAACAGUUUCCUGUCUGACCUGGAAGCAAAAUACUCCAAAAAAGGUGGGAAGUCCCAAAGAGGAAAAAGAGGAAAAAAGUAAGGAGGGUACAGGCUAUGGUUAUAGCAGAUAACAUGUAUCUAAAUGGCAGAACUCAAUCAAAAAACAUCAUUUAGAUUAAUAAGAGCAUUCUGCUUAACUGCGCCCUUCUGUAUGUCUUUUAUCUGGACUCGGUUUUAUGUGAUGUUAUCGAAAUGUAAAUGCAUUCUUUGUUUUUUGUCAUGUAUGUUUGGUCAAAGUCUUCAUAAACACAAAUAAAUUCAUAUUUAUAUACAUUU